CGGGGGACCUGUAUCACACUGUAUAGGCAAAGUUUUUUUCAUGUUCUCGCCCGGGAUCGUAGCUCCGCCCCCUCGCGGCAUUAGGUCACGCCCCUUCACGGCAUUAUGCCCGCGAUUUGAUUGCCUGUGGGUGGUGGAGUCCAGCUGCUGGCAGGUCCCCAAUGGCAGGAAGGGAGAAGGAGACAAAUGAAGGAGCUUCAUCAGCAGACUUCCCAGCAACAGCCCUGCUGCCAGGACAGGAACUGUAUUCAGCAGUAGUGCAAACGAAUUGUGGUUCUGUCUGUACUUUCACCCUCCUCAUUUACUGCAAGCACAGUGGGCAAGACAGAACUCUGGUGACCAGGGCCGGAUUGGUCAUUAGUUCUACCAAGCAGAGGCCCAGUGGGCUGAUUGGGGUGUGGUCCCGCCUAUCAUCUGUGGCCCCGCCCCCCCACGCAUCACUAAAUUAAUGUACUUUGCCUUGUGCGCUGCGGCCACCGGCCACUAACAGGAGAACAGGUCCCGUCCCCACACCACCCGGCUGUCAGGAAGAGGAGGAGAUCUGCGCGCCAAACUCCGUUGACGUUAUUGUGCAGACCUCAGAGAAAGAGAUAGUGCGGCCGCGGUGGAUCCAGCAGGAGAGGACAUGACAACGUUACUAGACAACAGGAUGGGGACCCUGCAGCUCGCUACCGAGAUGGAUCGCCUCUGUACACCGUCCCCACCAAACUCCCCGAGCCUCCGGAACGAAAGCUGUAACAUCGCCCCUCUGACACCGUCACAGUCCCCGAGAAGCGAGCACCGGCCGGCCAGGACCUCUCGGUUCUUUGUGGUUGUUGCGAUUGACUUUGGGACCACGUCUAGCGGCUAUGCCUUCAGUUUCGCCAAGGACCCAGAAGCCAUUCACAUGAUGCGGAAAUGGGAAGGAGGGGACCCAGGAGUGGCCCACCAGAAAACCCCCACAAGUUUGCUGCUGACCCCAGAGAAAGCCUUCCACAGCUUUGGCUACACAGCCAGGGACUUCUACCACGACCUGGACCCUGAGGAGGCCCGAGACUGGCUAUACUUCGAGAAAUUCAAGAUGAAAAUUCACAGCACCAGCGACCUCACCAUGAAGACCGAGCUGGAAGCCGUGAAUGGGAAGAAGGUGCAGGCGGUGGUGGUCUUUGCACACGCCCUCAGGUUCUUCAAGGAACACGCGGUACAGGAACUCAGGGACCAGUGCCCGUCUCUGGAUGAGAACGAAGCCAUCCGGUGGGUAAUAACAGUUCCUGCCAUUUGGAAGCAGCCGGCCAAGCAGUUCAUGAGAGAAGCCGCUUACUUGGCCGGUUUGGUGUCUCCAGAAAACCCGGAUCAGCUCCUGAUUGCGCUGGAGCCAGAGGCUGCCUCCAUCUACUGCAGGAAGCUCCGGCUCCACCAGCUGAUCGAUCUCAGCUGCAAGGCCUUCUUCAACGGCUUCCCCUCUGAUCAGACUAUAGACUCCAGCUUCAGACAAGCAAGAGAGCAGCUGCGGAGGUCACGGCACAGUCGGACAUUUCUAGUAGAGACUGGGAUGGGAGAGCUGUGGUCGGAGAUGCAGGCAGGGGACCGAUACAUUGUGGCAGACUGCGGCGGCGGGACGGUGGAUCUCACAGUCCAUCAGAUUGAACAGCCCCAGGGGACCCUCAAAGAACUCUACAAAGCCUCAGGUGGCCCGUAUGGAGCUGUCGGAGUGGACCUCGCCUUUGAGAAAAUGUUGUGCAAGAUAUUUAGCGAAGACUUCAUCGAAACAUUUAAAGUCAAGCGCCCCGCAGCCUGGGUGGACCUGAUGAUCGCGUUUGAAGCCCGGAAGAGAACAGCAGCCCCACAGAGGUCCAACCACCUGAACAUCUCCCUCCCCUUUUCCUUCAUUGACUUCUACAGGAGACACAAGGGGCAGAACGUGGAGACCGCCCUGAGGAAGAGCAGUGUGAACUUCGUGAAGUGGUCCUCCCAGGGGAUGCUGCGGAUGUCAUCCGAGGCCAUGAAUGAGCUCUUCCAGCCCACCGUGCAGCAGAUCAUCCGGCACAUAGAGGAUCUCAUGAAUAAACCGGAUGUGAAGGGCAUCAAGUACCUGUUCCUGGUUGGUGGAUUUGCAGAGUCACCGAUGUUGCAGAACGCCGUCCAGUCGGCUUUCAGUGAGGUCUGCCGGGUCAUCAUCCCUCAAGAUGUCAGUUUAACAAUACUCAAAGGAGCGGUUCUGUUUGGCCUGGACCCGACCAUUGUGAGGGUGAGGCGCUCUCCCCUAACCUAUGGGGUCGGUGUCCUCAACAAGUUUGUGGAAGGAAAGCACCCGAAAGAAAAACUCCUUGUUAAGGAGGGAAAGAACUGGUGCACAGACAUCUUCGACAAGUUCGUGUCUGUGGACCAGUCGGUGGCCCUCGGAGACAUAGUCCAGCGGAGCUACUGCCCAGCCCGGCUCGGACAAGGCAAAAUCAUCAUCAACAUUUAUUGUUCCUCUACAGAUGAUGUGGUGUACAUUACCGAUCCUGGGGUCAGAAAGUGUGGGACCAUAAACCUGGACUUACCUGACAUUGACGAGACCAACGGGAAGACCCUACGCAGAGAGAUCAAGGCCAGCAUGCAGUUCGGAGACACGGAGAUCAAAGUGACUGCCAUGGAUGUCAAAACCUCAAAGACUGUCCGAGCGGCCAUUGAUUUCCUUUCCAACUGAGGGCAAAUCUCACGUGAGACGGAACUUGCAGCACUUGAGGAGAACUGACAUAGCGCCGGCUGCUGGAACCCAGCCUGAAACACAGACUUACAUCUCAUUGAGUAAUAUUAAUAUUACUAACCUAUCCAAGGUGACACAAAGCCAUUACUGUUUCCCCAACUUAUUGCUCAGUUACCCCAACCCCAUUUAAACCCAUGCAAUAAAUGAAGUUUUGCACAUGUAUGUAAGGUGGAAACAAUAUAUGUGCAAUAGACAUCUAGCUUUCAUUCUCAUCAAAAUGUUUCACAGAAUUAUAUUUUGUUGACUUUGUUACUUCUGUUUAAAAGGAAGUUUGUCGUGUGAGAUAAAGAUGGCUGCCCAAGUGGUAUCUUCGUGACUCACAUUAGGGUGGCGCGGUUCAAUUAAUAGAGUGACGACGCGUUUCAAUUUGGAGAAAUGCGUCUGCUUUCCUGCCUUGCAAGGUCCACGCCUCUGUCCAACCAUUUGUGGGAUUUGCAGCCUAGACAGAAGUGUGCAUUGUGGGGGGAAAUAGAAAACAUUCCCUCAAAGUCCAUUCAUUUCUAUUUUUACAUUAAUUUUUUUUUUAAACUGCACAUUGGAACCGUGAGACAUGACAGCGAGGGGUCGAGGGAGUCUUUAUUGCGUUUGUCACUAUUGUAUCAUUUAGUUAUUCACUUUCAUUUAUAGACUAGAGCACGCUUAGAAAGUGUGAAAUGCGUCGAGCUGAAAGCUUUGUCCGUCCCUGCCACAUUAUUCACCACAGCCAGUGCAUGUAUUGCUUAAGCCACUUUGCCUGGGAACAAAGGCUCCAUAGAAGUGAGGAUCACUUGAUUGCCUCGCAUCCUUCCCCUGGAACAACUCUUAUCUCUUCACAAGAGAUCCAAAUCAGGAACUAUAGUUCCCAAUAAGAGCAUUUCCGAGUAGCCAUAGUACCGUUCUAUAGUUGCUGCAUUUCUACACUUGAAGCCAGUUAUCCUGCAAUUAAUGAUACUUCCCGGUCACGUUCCCUCUGUCCGUUUAUAUAUAUAUAUAUAUAUAUGUUCCACCUUUCAGACCAAAUUUAGUUUUGGAAGCAAACUCGCAAGCACAAUUUACUGUCCAGUAUUUGGCGCGAACAUGUUAUACCUCUGACUCGCCACUUGUCAUCACCGCACAAGCUCUACGCCGUGUAUUAUACCACACAAGGCACCCCUGCCACUUAUAAUGAUUGGGCUAUAACUUUCUACAACGGUUUAUAUGAACUACUGAGGUCUGUACAUAUCCCGCACACGUCCCAGCAUCACACCUGACCACUAAUACACCCUCAUUCACUCUGUCUCUCCUGCCUUAUUACCCCCAGCUACGGGCAAAAGGGGCUUUUCUGUGGCACUUAUAGUCUAAUAAUAGCCGUCCCUACCGAUGCCGGUGUGUUACUGAGAAUAACGUAUAAGAAAAUGUACUCAAAGUUUAUUUUUUUACUUGUAACCAAACAUUUCCUUGUCAGAUGUUUUGUAUUAUUGGUUCUGUGUACUACGUACGGAAUGUAUACCCUGAAUGAAAUAAACCUUUAUUAUACGUCA